AAACCAAAAUGUAUCCAACUCGUUUCAUAGUUGGCGCUUCAGGAAGCACAUCUCAAAGGAAAACAACGAAAUGAAUUCCGGAACUAGUGUAAAGUAAGCCCUCGGAUGUACGGUAUAUUUUGUAGACGGACCAGUCCUACAGGCUAAUGUGUCCGAUGCAGCUGAACUUCCUCAGGUCACAAACCUUAAUCUAGUUGUAGUAGUAGUAUAAUAUAUAGUCGUGUUCUCCGCGUGCGUGUGACAUAAGUCUUUUAAUGUUUUUGAAUUAACUAAUUAAGUACGUAUGUUCCCAUUCUGGCGUUUCUGCUUACAAGUGACCGUCAACCAGCUGCUUGCAACCCGUCUGUCACAGAGGUACCACAGUAAUAAAUAAUAGUAGCGACAUACAUCAAACUUCAGACCCCAAGCUGCGUUGAAAUAAUUUCACUCGCACCAAUAAUAAAGAUUGAGUUGAGAUAGACCUAAACUGAUUGUUACAAUCUUGUUAAACACAUUUAAUGCAGAAAUGGAUGAUGACAUGCCAGAAGAGUGCUUUUCAGAGCUCAAGACUGGGAACCUUGGAUUAUGGGGUGUUGCACAGAUAGCUGCUGGCAGUGGGCUUGCUGUAUAUGCCAUGUGGGUGGGAAUCCUCCAGCCAGGUUUCCGAAAAGUCCCUUUAAAGCUGCAGGUCCCUUAUAUUCCAGCCAGCAAAGUUCAAGUUGAUAAUGUCAUGAGAUUGUUGAGUGGUCGAAAAGGAGGCUUUGUCGAUUUGGGGUCAGGUGAUGGUCGCAUUGUCUUGGAAGCCCACCAGCGGGGUUUCACCCCCUCUGUUGGUUAUGAGCUCAACCCUUGGCUUGUCCGUCUUGCCCGCUUUCACGCAUGGAGAGCAGGUCAUCAAGGAAAAGUGUCGUACAGACGAGAAGAUCUCUGGAAGGUUGACCUAACAAAAUGCAAGAAUGUCACAGUGUUUUUGGCUCCCAGCGUGCUUUCAUUAUUACAGGAGAAGUUGCAGAAUGAGCUUCCUGAUGAUGCCUUAGUUGUAGCUGGACGUUUUCCCUUUCCUGACUGGAAACCCUUCAAGAUUGAGGGCCAGGGUGUGGACAGAGCCUGGGCAUAUAGCGUGCAAGCACAAAGACAGCAUAUCUUCAAGAAAAACAACACACUAACCUCCAGAUAGCGACCUUGACAAUGAACUAUCCAUAGCAAAAUUAUCCACUUGAAGUUAUAUGACAUCGCUGGAAUUUUGCCAUCCUAGGUAACAUAGAAAUAUUGUCACUAACCUACUGCUUAUAAGAUGUAAAUAUCCUGGAUUGGGACUAUCAAGUACAUUUACUGCAUGAAACCAUGUUUUCUACUGCUUUAAAUUGAUUUAUUCUCCAAACUGUUAUCUGCAACGUUGGAAACACUUCUGCCUCUCAACACCUUUACACAUUUGAGUGAUCACUUGCUAGGGGAAGGAAUGCUUUUAUUGUUUGUUUUUAACAAGCUUAUGUUAAUUUUAAAUCUUGUAGUUAUUAUAUUAGAAGUAAGUAGAAUAAGUAUGAAGACCACAACUAAUUCCUUUGUGGAUCAUGAUCAGGCACACUUUGUGCUGGAGAAACUAGAUAUAAAUGCAUUAUAAACCCAGAUUAUAAUGCAUGUAUAAACCCCAUCAGGUCAAUGGUGUGCAUCAUCUGAUGGCAAAACAUAGUUAUAUAUGUGCACAUAUUAAUCUAUUUUCAUUCUUUUGCAUGUUUAGAUUUUACUUGUCAAUAAACCUUUCUGCUGUAAAAGUA